AUGUUGGUCCGCAAAGCAUCCGCUACCAUAUGUAGACCCACUGAUAGCAACCAGAUCGGUAUCAACUUCACUGACCCAGUCUUUCGAGGCGAAUACCAUGGCACCCAACGCCAUGAGAACGAUUUCGAAGACGUCAUCCAACGCGCCUUAGAUGCUGGCUGCAAGAAGUUUAUGAUCACUGGCUCCGAUCUGGAUGAAUCGAAACACGCCAUCGAAAUCUCAAAAGCACAUCCAGGUCGAUGCUACGCUACUGUUGGCGUGCACCCAUGUUCCGCGAAAUUGUUCGACUCGUACCCUGGUGGACCUUCUGAAUUGCUUUCUGCGUUACGCAAGCUUGCACUAGAAGCGAAAGAGGCUGGCUAUGCUGUUGCUUUUGGAGAGGUCGGGCUAGAUUACGAUCGUUUGUUUCUGACGCCGAAGGAGCAGCAGCUCAAGUACUUUGAAGCACAGCUUGAGAUUGCUGUCGAGGUGCAGCUGCCACUAUUUUUACACUCACGAGCUGCGAGCGAGGAUUUUGAGCGACUACUCAAGGCCAAGCUGGAGCAGUUGCCGAAGCGCGGUCUGGUGCAUAGUUUCACAGGCACUGUAGAGGAAAUGCAGAGCCUGGUCGACUUGGGAUUCGAUAUUGGUAUUGAGACAGACGGACCUUGGUGCGAGAUGCGUCCAAGUCAUGCAUCAGCAAAGUAUCUCAAAGAUGCUCCGCCUCUUCCCAAGUCAGUUAAGAAGGAGAAGUUUUCGAAGGGUCUCAUGGUGAAGGGAAGGAACGAGUCUGCCACGAUACCCCAUGUCGCAUACGCGAUUGCUAAGAUCAAAGACGUCACUGUGGACGAAGUAUGCGAAGCCGCAUGGAAUAAUUCGAUCAUAAUGUUCGGGCUGGGCGAGUCGUCUCCAAAGGAGAGCUAUGUGUCAGCUUGA